AUGGAUAGCGUCCUGCGUCAGUCCAAGGCCAUGUGCCCGUUCCUCAAGUCGGCCUCGCCCGCCACCCUGCGUGCCAUGUCGACGGCCGCCCGCCCCAGCCCGCGAGCCUCGCCCUGCGGCGGCACCAUGUCCAAGCUGCAGCUGUACGCGCACCGCUGCCCGGUCAUGGGCAAGGCCAUGGCCGUGCAGUCGUCCAAGUACGGUGCGGCGGCGGGCAUCCGGGCCUUUUCAGCGCAGUCCCGCUCGGACAAGGCAAGGCUUCACACGAGCCGCAACCAGGAGGCCCGCGCCGUGGAGAGCCCGAUUCUAGACGGACGGAAGAAUGCUCCUCCUCCUCCGCCCACCACGACCACUCCUCGCAAGGAUGUGCCGCCUGUUGUCGCGUCCGCCUUCACCUCGGCCGGCAAAUUUGCCUACGAAGACUUUUACCAGACCGAGCUGGAUAAGAAGCGCAAGGACAAGUCGUACCGCUAUUUCAACAACAUCAACCGUCUCGCCAAGGAAUUCCCGGUGGCGCACAUGGCCGACAAGAAGGACAAGGUGACCGUCUGGUGCGCCAACGACUAUCUCGGCAUGGGUGGCAACCAGCAUGUGCUCGACACCAUGCACAAGGCCUUGGAGGAGUAUGGCGCUGGCGCGGGAGGCACGAGAAACAUUUCCGGACACAACAAGCACGCAGUCGAGCUGGAGGCGACUCUGGCCAAGCUGCACGCCACAGAGUCUGCGUUGAUGUUCAGCUCAUGCUACGUCGCCAACGAUGCGACGCUGGCCACCCUCGGCAGCAAAUUGCCAGAGUGUGUCAUCCUAUCAGAUAGCUUGAACCACGCCUCCAUGAUCCAGGGCAUACGCCACUCCGGAACAAAGAAGAUUGUGUUUAAGCAUAACGACGUGGCGGAUCUCGAGGCCAAGCUGGCGUCCCUACCCCUGCACGUACCCAAGAUUAUCGCCUUUGAGUCCGUCUACAGCAUGUGCGGUUCCAUCGGCCCCAUUGAGGAGAUUUGCGACCUGGCCGAGAAGUACGGCGCCAUCACCUUCUUGGACGAGGUCCACGCCGUGGGCAUGUACGGCCCAUCCGGCGCUGGUGUUGCCGAGCAUCUGGACUGGGAGGCACACGCCGCCGGCAGACCCCGCGGAACCAUCAUGGAUCGCAUUGACAUCUUCACCGGCACGCUCGCCAAGGCGUACGGCACCGUCGGCGGCUACAUUGCCGGCAGUGCCAAGUUUGUCGACAUGAUCCGCUCGCUCGCUCCCGGCUUCAUCUUCACCUCCACCCUGCCCCCGGCAACCAUGGCCGGAGCCAACGCCUCCAUCAAGUACCAGAUGGCCUAUGACGGCGACCGUCGUCUGCAGCAGCUUCACACCCGCGCCGUCAAGGAGGAGCUCAACGCGCGCGACAUCCCCGUCAUCCCCAACCCGUCUCACAUCGUCCCCAUUCUGGUCGGCAACGCUGCCCUGGCCAAGGAGGCUUCGGACCUGCUCCUGAAGGAUUACAAGAUCUACGUCCAGGCCAUCAACUACCCCACCGUGCCCGUUGGCCAGGAGCGUCUCCGCGUCACUCCCACGCCCGGCCACUCCAAGGAUCUCCGCGAGGAGCUUGUCAACGCCCUCGACGAGAUCUGGACCCGCCUGGACAUCAAGCGCACUUCGCAAUGGGCUGCCGAGGGCGGCUUCAUCGGCGUCGGCGUCGAGGGCAACGAGCCCGAGCCCCUGUGGACUGAUAAGCUGCUAGGCAUCGAGCAGGCCACGCAAGAGGUCAAGGCCGCGGGCGUUGCUGCGAAUGGCGUCACCGAGGCUCUGCUCGCCCGCGAGGCAAGCAACGCCGGCCGCGCCAUGGACGUUUCGGCAUAA